AUGGCUGCUCGUAAAGAAUCGUCUAGUGUAACAUCCGAACAGUUUGGUAUCGGAACGAUCAGCAAUCCUGACUUUCGAGUGAAUAUAUAUGACCAUCUAACGCCCCGCCUUCAAUCACUUCUUUACGAAGCUAAAAAAUAUCAAAAGACGAUGGGAUACAAGUUCUGUUGGGUCAAAAACAGUUCUAUUUGCUUACGAAAAGCUGAAAAUUCACGAAUUACCAAAAUGAAAUCACUACAAGAUCUUACCAACUUAAUACAACAGGAAUCAACUGGCAACGACUCAAUGCUGAAUGAUUAA